AUGGAAUUCAGCUCGAUAGCCCAAAAGCCAGAAGAAACGAUGGAACAGUGGGCAGAUAGAGUCAUGGACACUGCCCAGAAGCCUUUGGUGGCGGAACCUCGCCAGAAAUAUGCCAGGAGCUGCUCAUUGUUAGAUUUGCUCUUGGCUGCAGUGAUGCGGAAUUGUCCGUAUAGGAGCAACCCAGAGUCCCUGUGCUCGUGUCUGCAAAAAUCUGCCGAGACUAGGUUUAGGGAGCGUUCGUCUAGUGCUAAUAGGGUGACCUUUUCUGAAACUCCAAAUGUCAAGGCCACUUAUGUUAUUCCCUCUAUAAUGUCAGGUAGUCAAAGUAUAGGCUCUGGUGCGUGGCGUAUCCCUAUACAGAUAGGAGGCCAGCAAAUUAUGGCGACUAUUGAUACUGCAGCUGACAUCACGAUAAUCUCGGGGGAGGUGUACAAGUCAUUGAGGCCGCAGUCCGAUAUUGUUAGGGACACUUAUGUCAGGCUGGCAGGCGAGGGGGCUGGUAUGACCGCCCAGUACCUCGGAAGUUUAAAUCUUCGCAUCGGGGAUUAUGAUUUUGUUCACCCGAUUUAUGUUGGCCCCUUACAAGACGAAAUGCUUUUGGGAAUUGACUUCCUGCGUGCACACGGUGCAGAAGUUUCCUGUGAAGCCGGCACAUUAAAGGUCAAGGGCAUUGAUAAGAUUUUCGCCCUAAGUGCUGAUAAGACAGUGGCAGUACUCGAUGCGGUUUCAGUCCGCAUAGUGCGGGUUCCUCCGCACACUGCCCAAGUUAUCGAGUGCACCCUUAGUUCCGAUAUGCCAGAAUUUAUGCUUGCGCCGCAUGUCAGCGGAGGGGGAAUUAGUUAUCAACAUAUAACCCCACUCCUAGAUCAGUUAGGGAAGAGUGCGCCUGUGGGGGUGAAGUCUCAGGCUGUAGAGCUAGUUAAAGAAUUUGCUGAUGUCUUUGCUGUAGAAGACCUUGACCUCGGAAACUUUUCCGAGAUAGAGCAUCGUAUAGAUACUGGCAAUGCACUUCCCGUUAAACAGCGGAUGCGCCGCACUCCUGCUGUGUUCCAGGGGGAGGAAGAGGGUCAUCUAGACAAAAUGUUAGAGGCCGGAGUUAUCCAGCCAUCUUCCUCAGAUUGGGCGUCUGCCCCGCUCCUAGUCAGGAAGAAGGAUGGUAGUGUCCGCUGGUGCGUGGACUACAGAGCCCUGAAUAAGGUGACAGUCAAGGACACGUACCCUCUACCACUCAUCGAAGAGUGCAUGGACAAGCUAGCGGGAAACCGCUGGAUUUCAAAACUGGAUGCCAAUGCGGCCUAUUGGCAAAUUAAAAUAGCCCCGGAAGACCGGAAAAAGACAGCCUUUAUUAUCAAAUACGGACUAUUUGAAUUCACAAGAAUGGGGUUUGGUCUUCGAACCCGACCUUCGCUAGGGCCAUCAAUCAGGUAUUGCACAGACUUAACUGGAAAAUUGCAUUAG